AUGGCCUAUGACCGAUAUGCUGCCAUUUGUCACCCACUGCAUUAUCCUUCUCUCAUGGAUAAGAGAGCAUGCUUUGAAAAGGCAGGUGGCGCAUGGAUUGCAGGUUUUCUGAAUGCAGCCAUUCAAACUUGGGCCACUUUUUCAGUGCCCUUCUGCUCAAACACUGUGAAUCAGUUCUUUUGUGAAAUCCCACAGCUCCUCACAAUGUCUUGCUCUGGAUUUAACCUCAAUGAAUAUGCAGCUAUUGCCUUUACUUCAGUAUUUGGCUUUGGCUGCUUUGUUUUCAUCAUUGCUUCUUAUGUACAGAUCUUUUCUACAGUGCUGAAGAUGCCCUCGCUGGAGGGAAGACAAAAAGCCUUCUCUACAUGUCUCCCUCACCUCACUGUUGUGACUUUGUUUUUCACCACUGCUUUCUUUUCCUAUGUGUUGCCAACUGCCAGUGUGGGUCAGAAGUUUACUGUGGUAUAUACGCUAUUACCACCAAUGGUGAAUCCUAUCAUUUAUAGCAUGAGGAAUAAAGAUGUCAGAACCGCUCUGUGGAAGCUGUUUGAUGGGAAUUACCUAACUAAGAAUUGGAAACUCCACAUUUGA